UCUCUCUCCCUCUCUCUCUCAUAUAAAUAGUAACUUAAAAACUCUCUCACCCGACCCUCACUUCUCGCUCCGUAAAAUUCAAAAUUAGCCAAAAAAACCACAACACACGCCCAAACCCCAAAAACCCAAUCUCUCUCUCUCUCUGAGCAAAAAACACACACACACAGUGAAAGAAAGAGAUGGAUAGGUACCAGAGAGUGGAGAAGCCAAAGGCGGAGACAUCAAUAAACGAGAACGAGAUUCGAAUCACUACGCAAGGCCGAAUGAGAAAUUACAUUACCUAUGCCACCACUCUCCUCCAGGAGAAAGGGUCCGAUGAAAUUGUCCUUAAAGCAAUGGGCAGAGCAAUUAAUAAGACUGUGAUGAUUGCUGAACUAAUUAAGAGAAGGAUUGCUGGUCUACAUCAAAAUACUUCAAUUGGAUCAACUGAUAUAACUGACACGUGGGAGCCACUAGAAGAAGGCCUUCUUCCUCUGGAGACCACUCGUCAUGUUUCAAUGAUCACAAUUACUUUUUCAAAGAGGGAGUUGGAUACUUCAUCCACUGGAUACCAGCCUCCUCUUCCAGAUGAUCAAGUGAAACCAUUAAAUGAAUAUGAAGAUGAAGGAGAGGGCUCACCUAGGAUGCGAGGCAGGGGACGCGGUCGUGGAAGGGGUUGGGGCAGGGGUAGGGGUAGAGGUAGAGGAUAUUAUAAUGGGCCUGGGGAGUAUAAUAAUGGGGAUGGGUGGGAUGGUGGACGUAGUUUCGGUGGCAGAGGUCGUGGCCGUGCAAGAGGCCGUUUUUACCAGGGUCGAGGACGAGGAUAUGGAGGCCAGUCAGGUGGAUAUGGCCAAGCGGGUGGAUAUGGUCAGUCAGGUGGAUAUGGUCAGUCGGGUGGAUACGGCCAGUCAGGUGGAUACUAUGACUAUGGUGAAUCAGAGGCACCACUUGCCCAAGGACGUGGGCGUGGUCGUGGCAGGGGAAGGGGUCGUGGACGUGGUCGUAAUCCUAGAUCAGAUGGUCCAGCACAAGCAGCAGCAGCUGGGAAUUGAGCAGUGGGUGGUGUUAUGCUGCAGAGUUGAAGAACGAGUGGUUGUGUGCUCUGUUUGGAUCUUAGUGAAGUUUGCUGAUAUUUGUGGGCUUUGUAUCUUGUUUCAACUCAAGUAUUAUGGGCAUGCAGUUUUGUUCUUGUAGGUUGUGGACUAGGAAUAUUUUCGUAGUUAUUGCUGGCCAAGAUUUUAUAAAAAAGGUUGUACAUUUUUUUUUCCUGGAUAGGAAUUAUAGCAGUACAUUCUUUCAUUCUUAAGUUCAAUAGAUAUUGCAAGCUAAACUUACUAGAGAA